CCAGGAAGUCUCAUUCAAUGGACCGCACUCCAUGCCUGACAAAGCGGUCACAUCCUGGAGCAGCAGUGAGCGUGAAAACACAAGGACCUGUAAGACGGAGCAAUGAGGGACCGCCUUCAUUACCAUCUGCAACACCUUCACAAGAUAGUGAUUCUCAUGAAACCCCACCAAAAGUGUUCCAGGCUGCCCAGUAUGAACAGCAUCUUGUAGAGACUCUUGAAAAGGAUAUCAUUCAUAGAAAUCCUAAUGUGCAGUGGAACCGUGUCGCUGGGCUGAGCGAAGCAAAAGCAAUACUUCAGGAAGCCAUGGUACUCCCAAUGCUGAUGCCUGAUUUCUUCUGUGGAAUAAGAAGACCAUGGAAAGGAAUUCUUAUGGUGGGACCUCCAGGAACAGGAAAGACUAUGUUGGCUAAGGCAGUUGCAACUGAGUGUGGUUCAACAUUCUUCAAUAUUUCUUCAGCAACACUUACCUCAAAAUACCGUGGAGACUCAGAAAAGCUUGUGCGACUAUUAUUUGAAAUGGCUCACUUUUAUGCCCCAAGCACUAUUUUUAUAGAUGAAAUAGAUUCACUGUGUUCACAACGUGGUACAGAUUCAGAACAUGAAGCUUCCCGAAGAUUUAAGGCAGAACUGUUGAUUCAAAUGGAUGGUCUUAAUUCUAACAGUUCAGAUAACAAGGUGAUAAUGGUACUAGCAGCAACCAACCAUCCAUGGAACAUUGAUGAGGCAUUUCGCCGAAGAUUUGAGAAAAGGAUAUAUGUUCCUCUUCCAAACGAUGAAACAAGAUCUGCCUUGGUGAAACUAUGCCUAGAAGGAGUAAAUGUUGAUCCCUCUCUAGAUACUAACAAAGUUGCUGACAGCCUUAAGGGCUACACAGGAUCAGACAUAAGUAAUGUAUGUAGGGAUGCUGCCCUUAUGGCAAUGAGGCAUAAAAUAUGUGGCAGGAGUCCAGAAGAAAUUAAGAAAAUCAAGAAAGAAGAUGUUGAUCUACCAGUAACUAUGCAGGAUUUUGAUGAAGCAUUAACAAGAUGUAAAAAAAGUGUAUCAGCAGGAGACAUUGCAAAAUAUGAAGUUUGGAUGGAAGAAUUUGGAUCUUGCUAGAGACCUUGAAGUGAUGAUUAUUUUUUAUGAAGUGUAAAAUGACAUGUGAUAUAAUUUUCUAGCAUGU